AUGAGUCGCGCACAGCAGAAGCACGACCCCCACACCCCCCACCGCAUCGGUCAGCUCGUCGAGCCAGACUCGGACGGCUACGUCGUCCGCCGCUUUCCGACCGACCACGUCGCGGUCUACGGCGACAACCCCACCAACCUGGAGAUCCCCGGCGGCACUGGCCACUUCAGCCUCCUCCACGUCCGCUGCCACGCCGCGGCGGACCAGAAGCCCUCGUGCCACACCGACUCCCUCGUCGUCGCCGUCCACGGCGUCUGUCCCCCUCAGAACAGCCCGGACCAGCCGCCGAUGAGGUCCGCCGUCGGCGUCUACCUCGGCCCUAACAACAUCGCCAACCGCGCCUGCCGCAUCCCGGACGCGGCGGACCGCGGCCACGUCAUGCGCGACACGGACGGCAGCGACAGCCGCGACCGCCCGCAGCACACGCAGCAGCGCGCCGACUUGUAUGCCGCGAUCGCGGGGCUGAUGGAGGCAGCGCGGCUCGCGCAGCAGGGGCUGCCGUCCCCGCGCGGGGCCGGCAGGGCGCCGGCCCCGUUCAAGCUGCACCUCGUCGUGGUCAAGAGCGACUCGGCGUACCUGGUGGAGGGCGUGGCGGGCGGGCGGAGCGGGGAGCCGCCGCACAUGAAGAAGUGGCUGGCCAACGGGUGGAAGAACACCAAGGGGGAGAAGGUCAAGAACGAGGACCUGUGGGACAACCUGAUGCUCACGAUGAUGUCGCUGGGCAAGCUGGGCGUGGCGGUGGAGUUCUGGCAGGUGCCGAAGAAGGAGAACAAGGAGGCGUACAGGCUGGCAAAGCACGCGCUCGAGCAGGACGUGAACUGGUUCGAUGAGAAGGGCAUUUUCGGCAAGGACGAGCACAAGGACGGCAAGAGGCCCGAGACGGCCACAGACGAACUGGUGGCGAUGGAGUGA